AUGGAGUCCCCGCAGAAGCCACCGCAAGCUCACGCGCUCCUCCUCCCGCUCCCCGUGCAAGGCCACAUCAGCCCCAUGUUCCAAUUUGCCAAGCGCCUCGUCUCCAAAGGUCUCAAAGCCACCCCCGUCACCACCCUCCACCUCUCGGAAUCCGUGCAUACCAACUCUGCCGCCGCCUCCUCCUCCGUCGACAUCGAGACCAUUUCCGACUGUCCCGGCGGAGAUGGCCAGCCCCAGGGCGAGGAGUCCUCCGAGGCUCACCGGACGAGAGGCGGAUCGAGAACCCUAGCUGAACUGAUCCGGGAGCUCGACCGCUCAACGCAUCCGGUCGUUGCGGUCAUCUACGACGGGUUCAUGCCGUGGGCGCUCGACGUGGCCAAGCGGUGCAAGAAGCUGGGGGUCGCUUUCUUCACGCAGACGUGUGCGGUGAACAACAUAUACUACCAUGUCCAGCGCGGGCUCCUUGAGCUCCCUCUCUCAGGAGGAGGCAGCGUCGAGGUCCCGGGAUUGCCGCCUCUUGAGCCAUCGGAGCUGCCUUCGUUCUUGUACAAGCUGGGGUCUUACCCUGGCUCCUACGACCUGGUGAUGAAGCAGUUUUCGAACGUGGGCGAUGCGGAUCUCGUGCUCUUCAACAACUUCUACGAGCUGGAAGAAGAGGUAUAA